UGAUAUAGUGAGAUAUCGUUUGCUUAGAUAUCCAUUAGUACGCAGACAGCGAUGAAGGAAACACGGAUUGUUUGUAUUUUCAUACUGUUUGUUGUUUGUAAUCCACAUGUUGAUUGCACAUGUUGUGAUGAUGUCAAACAGUUACCUGACUUGCCGCGCCGUAAACCAACAGAAGACGGUUCAAACAACGUAGCUUUUAAUGAUGAGUUCCUCAGUGAUAAUGAUGAGUCCCUCAGUGAUUAUGAUGACUCCCUCAGUGAAAGUGAUGAGUCCCUCAGUGAUAAUGAUGUGUCCCUCAGUGAUAAUGAUGAGUUCCUUAGAAAUAAUGAUGAGUUCCUCAGAAAAAAUGGUGAGUCCCUCAGUGAUAAUGAUGAGUUCAAACGCAGAAAUGAUGAGUUCCUCACUGAUAAUGAUGAGUCCCUCAGUGAUUAUGAUGACUCCCUCAGUGAAAGUGAUGAGUCCCUCAGUGAUAAUGAUGAGUCCCUCAGUGAUAAUGAUGACUUGCUUAGAAAUAAUGAUGAGUUCCUCAGAAAUUAUGAUGAGUUCUACAAAAAAAAUGAUGAGUCCCUUAGUGAUAAUGAUGAGUUCAAAAGAAGUUAUGAUGAGUUCCUCAGUGAUAAUGAUGAGUUUCUCAGUGAUAAUGAUGAGUUCCAAAGAAAUAAUGAUGAGUUCCAAAGACAUAAUGAUGAGUUUCUCAGUGAUGUUAACCUUAACUAUGAAUGGUACAGUGCAGUACAUAAUGGAUGGCAAUAUAUCAUGGUCGACUCGAGCAUAACACUGGAUUAUGGUCAUUGUUCAACGUAUUAUCCAAUUUACUUGAAAGACACACAUCCACUGAUAGAUACAUUGAGUGAAACACCGAUAACAGUAACUGCAUGUGUACUUGAUCACUUGUACCCGUGCGAUUUACACUAUCAAGUGAAGAUAAGGAAAUGUGGACGUGAAAUACAGUAUUACCUGCCCCCGACAAAGUUAUACAGAGCAUUUUGUUUCAAAAAGCAAUCCCAACCCAGUUGUCCUAAUAACUUACAUGUUGCACUCGGACAUAUAGGCAUAGCACCGGAGCUCAAAUUCACAGAAAUACCAGAAUCUGGUCCAUUUGGAAAUUCCAUCAACUAUAUACCAUAUUUUUACUUCAGAUGUAUUUUUAAUCUACAGACGGGCUUCUUUUACAAAGUCAACUGGUAUGUGAACGGAGUAUUUCUUCUCACAAACGGCCCAUCACCAAAUCCCGAUGACUUAUUUUUUCACCAAAACGUUCUUCACGACAACUCCAUUAAAAUGGGUUUUGAUAUUCAUUGUGGUGUCAGUGCACUUACACCUCCUGGUGCUUCAGUUGGCGGGGAAACUGACAUGAUGUACAGUAAAAGCUACUAUGCAGGCAUUAAAAUACCAAGUACAACUAUAUACAUUGAUAAAGGGAGUACAGCAGUACUUCAAAUGACAUCAACCAUGCCAAUAGGAUGCAGAUAUAAGGAACCACCUGGCGAUGAUUGUAUUGAAAACUUUCAAAUAUUUAAUUAUGAAAAUGAAGGAUUUCAAUGCACAGCGGGUGUCGCUAAUGUAGCAAACCCGAUUAACCAACGAUGCUCAAAUGGUUUACAAACGCUAAAAAAAGGAUGGACUUGGAACCCGAAUACAGUAUUUGACUUCUCUAUAGUAACAACCGACAUGAACUAUGGUGAUAAACGAGUAUUUAACCUGUUAUUACAAUUUCCUGACAACAUGGGACAUGCCAUAUGGAGAAAUUAUAAUUUUCCACUAAUUACGGUUAUCGUUUCUGACAAUGGAGAAUACAAAAACAAGAUAUGUUACUCUCACAUAGAUCCACAUAUGAGAUCAGCAGACGGCGUAAAUUACGAACAACAGCGAAAAAACGCCCAGCUUUAUCCGGAUGUGUUUAUGUUAUAUCAUAACACGAUAUAUGGAAUCGAGGUUCAAGAACAAACUAAGACAUGUAAUAACCAGCAUGCAACAUGCGCCUGUGGAGUUGCGAUAAGAGCUGGAAAAGAUGUAUUCAUGAUAAAUAGAUGUGGCAGUAUCAACUAUCUAGGUUUUACAAAAUGCGAAGACGGGGGGAUUUUGCAAGUAAUAAGGAUUAACGAUUACACGUACACUGUCUUUACACCGAUUGGAACUAAAAUAACAAUAAGACUUUUUCAAAAUGAAUACGAGGGAAGAUACGAAGGAACAAUGAACAUAGACAUAACGAUGGCACCUAAAGACUUGUAUAACAUUGAGGGAUUGUGUGGACAGUUUGACAAUAACCCGGCAAAUGAUUUUCGACAUAGAGAUGGAACUGUCUCGGCAAUUACUGAUGCAAAUCGUAACAGUCACUUUGCUGACUUUACAGAAAGCUGGAGUUUAACUUCUGACGAAACAAAGCCACUCAACUUGUUUCUAACAGGAAAUAGAGCCUUGAAUAGUUGGAGGGAUCAAAAUGGGAUGUUUUGUGUAUGCACAAGUCAAAAAAAUGUAGCAAAAGCAACAUGUUAUCCGACCCAAUAUUUGAAUUGUAAAAUGAGCAGAUCAAUAACUGGUACAAAAUGUAGCGUAUCAAGCAGAAGAAAGAGAAGUGCACAUGGCAACUCUGAAGAUGAAAUAGAAUUGAAUAGAUUACUUAGAUUAAUGGCAACGGAAAGAACGUCGAAAAUGAAAAUGAGGGUCAAGCGUAAAGACACCAGCAAAAACUCUAUAACAGAAACUGCAACUAAAACGUUGUGUAAAGAGAAAAUUUCUGGUAGUUUAGCAGUGCGAGAAUAUUCAGAAGUCAGUGCUAAUGAAGACCCGAAUGAAGUUAUUAAACAAUGUACAUUUGAUGUAAUGGUUGGAAACGAUACAUCAUGGGCUUUGGCGCAUGUAGAAUCUAUUAAUAACAUUGUGAAAAACGUCAUAGAACGUGACCCUGCAUACGCUGAAAAAAACUCUGAAAAGGUUGUUAAAUUUUAUAAAAAUACCUGCCCAGGAAAUUGUAGCAACAAUGGCGUUUGCACAGAUACCAGUGAUUGUGAUUGUGUUGAGUUUUUUCACGGACCAGAAUGUGAUAUAGAUGAAAGAGAUCCUUUGAUAAUUGACGACAUAGAAGGUGGCGGAGAAUGUGACCUAGCUGAUGGUGACGAAUGCUUAUGUUUCCAUGUCAGAUCUUCAAAUAUUCUGGAGGGUUUUAUAUGCCAGGCCAAUAUUUCCAAGAUCACGUUCAAUGGUGAAAGGCAGUUCAUUUCGACGCACACCUUUUCAGGUGGUUAUGAGGAUAUAUUUACUGGAGUGUGCUGCAUUCAAGACAAGUCGAUUAGAACUAAAGGUGUAUUUGUUACAAAGUACGAUUUUUCAAUCAGCAACAAUGGCAUUACAUACGGAAAUAAUAAAACCGUUUACGUGUUCGACUCAACUUGUCAAGAUGCAAAGAUUACCUCUUUCUUCCCAUUCUUCCACAUAAAGGUAAGACUUUUUCUUUUACUACAACUCGCUGUACCAGCGUUUCACUGUUGGAAAUUCUACUACAAUAGCUUUUUAUUACAGACUCAUUAA